GCGCAGUGAGGAGUGUGUGUGAGUGUGUGAGAGGAGUGUGUGUGAGGAGUGUGUGAGAGUGUAUUGAGGACUCGGGAGCGCGAAGAGCGGAGUGACUGGGUCUCGCUCCUGCGCGAGAAUUCUGGAUUUAUCUUUUUUUAAUUCGCUUUAAUCGUGACUUCUGAUGCUUGCUGGGAUUCGCUUUUUUGGGGCUGAUAUCUGGAGCGUGUGUGGACGCGCGUGUUUUUCCUCUGUUUGGAUAUCGGAGUGUAUUCUGCUGUUUUACGGAUUCUGAUCGGAUACUUCUCCAGUAUUGAUCUGUAUUGGCAGUAUUGAUUGGUUAUUGAUCAGAUGAAGACGCGCGCUAUGUGAUUGGACCACCCACAUGAGCGAGUCUCCGUGUGGAUCCACAGUCAGCUCGAGUCGGGAGGAUAGCCCCGUGCCCGGUUCGGUACCCCCCGUGCCCGCGCCCGUGCACGCGCCCGCGCCCGCGCCACCCCCUCCCUUUGAUCCCGCGCGCCACGGGCACAGGCUGCCCGUCCGGAUCCUCGCCAUGCUGAGCGCGCACGCGGGCCAUGUGCUGCACCCGGACUACCUGCAGCCCGUCACCAUCGAGCUGGAUGCUAAGAAGAGCCCGCUAGCCCUGCUGGCUCAAACCUGCUCCCAGAUCGGCAAACCGGACCCGACUCCGUCCUCUAAGCUCGGCUCUUUGUCCUCCGGCGGCCUCGGCGAGAAGGACGGCCGAUCGUCCGGUUCUGGUCUGAAGUCCGGAGAGCAGCACCAGAACCAGGAGGACAAGUCCAGCUUCAAGCCGUAUUCCAAAGGCGGAUUGGACGGCUGCAGGAAGGACGGGGUCAUCGCCAACGGUGCGUCCGACAAAUCUGGGUUCAGGGUCAAUUCGUCUUCUUCCUCGUGUCCCACGUUCCCUCCUCAUUCAUCAUCCCCAAGGACCGGCUCACCGUCUCAGCACGGAUCAGGGCAGCAUGGACCUCACGUGCACCGGCAGACCCAGUCUCCGGCGACACCGAAGCCGUCCCAAGCCCAAGCUCAUGUUCCUCAGGUGGACUGUUCCUCCAAAGACUGCACGGACAGCAGCAGCAGCAGUAGCAGUAUAAACAUCAGCAACAGUAGCGACCGCACCGGCAAGAAAGACUCGGAUCACGGCAAAGCAAGUCUUCUCGACAAUACCCAGCUUGCUAACUCUAGCCACGUACGUGCUACCGUCAACUCUAGCAGCGGAAGUUCCUCAAGCAGCCCUCAGCCUUCAGAGAGCAAGGCUGAAUCCCAACCAUCCCUGACUUCUGGACACAUUGCCCCGGUGUCUCCAUUCAAACCGGGACACUCCGUCUUCCCCCUGCCUCCAUCCACCAUGGGUUACCACGGCUCAAUCAUCGGUGCUUACGCAGGGUACCCUUCCCAGUUUGUCUCCAGCUUGGAUCCCGCCAAGUCCGGCCUGGCAGGAAUGGGCAUCCCAGGGAAGCAUCCAAGCUCCAGUCCACUCACCGGCGCUUCUCCUCCAUCGUUUAUGCAAGGCUUGUGCCGGGACCCGUACUGCCUAACCUACCCGAAUGCGCCGCACCUAAGCGGGGGCAGCAAUUGCACCAGCUGCGUCCACGACCCUUCCUCGUCUUCUCUAAAGUCUGGAUUCCCACUUAUGUACCCUUCCCCGCACCUCCACGCCCUUCAUUCCGGUUCUCUGUCCUCGGCAGCUACCGGAUCCCUCUCACAUCCGCUGUUCACAUAUGGAUUCAUGUUACCUAGCGAGUCCCUGCCGCACGCCUGCAACUGGGUGUCCAUGGCAGGACCUUGCGAUAAGCGAUUCGCAACUUCCGAGGAACUUUUGGCACAUUUGCGUACACACACUGCCCUCCCUGGAAUGGACGGCAAGCUCUUGUCCGGGUAUCCCUCAUCCAUGUCUUCCGUGUCCUCUUGCCACCUUCACUUGCCACCUCCCAGCAGUCCAGGGGCGCUUCCGAGCUCGUUUUCCCUGCGAGGGUCGCCCGGCCUCAGCUUGGCGAGGUAUCACCCCUACAGCAAAGCCCAUCUGUCUGGAGCUCCAUCACUUCCUAUGCACUCUCUCCCUGCCACGGCGCCCUACUACUCGCCGUACGCCCUCUAUGGGCAGAGACUGGGAUCGGCAUCGGCGCUGGGGUACCCUUGAUGGACAGAGCAAGGGGACAGGCGACAAAGAGGCCACAAGACGAGGCCACAAGACGAGGGCAAGAGGCGUCCCCGCAAAAGAGGUCCCCUCUACGCCAAACCCUGAGGCGAGACGGAAUGAAACAACGGGAUGGAACAACGGGAUGGCCAUUAUGGGAUGAACGUGCAACAAGAAUGUUCUCUGCUGUCGCAGCAAAAAUAUAAGUAAAAAAAAAAAAGAAUGAACGGAAGUUUCCUACCACACUUCCGACCGACAACAGAACAGAACUGAUUGCUUUGUUUAAAUUUUAUUUGAUGAUCAAAGUUUUAUUUCAAUCUAUUAAAAAAUAAGUAUAUUUAUUUUUCUCUGGAGCGCUUGGCUUGGACACAUUCACCAGAUCCACUCUCCGUCACUUUGGUACAAAAACAAAUACAAAUGUAUUUUCCAAGUGAUUGCUGUUCCCACAAUGCAUUUUAUAACAAUACAGCUUUGCAGAUACGGACGUUGGGCGAAUUGAUCUUUCAGUCAUCACUCAUUUUCUUGUUUUUCCUUUUCUAUGUCACUUCUUUCCUUUUGUUCGUUCCUUUUGGCUCUUUCUCUGGAUUUUCGCCGAUUACAGACGCUGUACUUGAAGAUCGGACACUUUUAUUGUUUUGUAGCAGUACAAUUCAAAGAAUAAAACACAAAAAGACAGACCAGCUAUAUUUUCUAUUGUGAGUGAUGAUUCUGCGAGCUUAUUGAAGGAUUUGGGGGCAGGGCGGGAAAUUAAUACAAUAAGAGUAAUAUGUAGAGAUGGCGGUGCUAUCCAUUUAACAGAAUGUCUUAUUUUGUGUAAUAAAUGAAAUUUGGUUACAAUUUA